GAGGAUGGGAUUGCCCAUAACAACUACUCAGAAGAAAUUGCUGCCAAAGCAGAAUUAGAUAAUUUCGCCACCAACUAGUUCUGUGCGUUUAGUGAUGCACGGGUUGACUCAUAACCCGCAGUCCCUGCAAUUUUAGUGCGGUAAUUGAAUAUUGUGUAGACGUAGGGCGGGUUGAAUACAGUUCUGUUGUAAGUGCAUAAUUCUUACGACCGGUCAAACUGAUGUCAUUUGGAAAUUGGGACAUAAAUAACUUUUUUAACUGCAUUUUCUCCCAGGUCCCUAAAUGUCUUUGCUCCGUGAAAUAAACAGAGAUGACAGAGAACUUUACAGAUUGAAAGCUUCAAUCUAGCUUCAGUCUAGCGAUUUCUGACAUUCUGCUGAGCACCAGUUUAUUUAGUCUUCUAGGGCAACAUAUAAUGACAUAAGAGAAGCUUCAUGUAUCUAAUUAUAGACAAGUUGACUAACAAAUAGCCUACCAAGAUGUCAGAAAUGAUAAGCAGAAACAUAUCUAAAUUUGUCAAAAACAGUCCUGCAUCCCCAGUCAAAAAUGUGUUCUGCUGUCUUGGACUGUAGUUUACAGCACAUUUUCUAUAUUAGCGAGUUAGCGUUGGGUUCGCGUCUCAGACUUUCACUUUAUCACUUAUAGUCUGGUGGUUGUGGAUGGUUUAUUAGCAAUUGCGGGCGGGUGUGGGUGAAUAAAAAGCUGACCCGCGCACGACUACUUUGUUCCCCUCUCAACGUAGGCGAGCAGUCAAUCUGUUAGAGUAGCCUAACUCGAGAAGAACAUGUGGAAUGCAUUAUGAGAUCUGCACGAACCUAUAAAGCAGUCCACCAAAAAUAUCUGCUUGUUGACAUUGUUGCUCUCCCUCUUCUGCCCGUACUGGCCAUAACCCUUGGGCUCCCGAGUGGCGCAGCGGUCUAAGGCAUUGCAUCUCAGUGCUAGAGGUGUCACUACAGACCCUGGUUCGAUUCCAGGCUGUAUCACAACCGGCUGUGAUUGGGAGUCCCAUAGGACGGCGCACAAUUGGCCCAUCGUCAUCCGGGUUUGGCCGGGUGUUUUUCACAGGGAUGGCUGCACAAGUGGAGGUACAGACUAGGGAGGUGGGAAGGACAGGUGUAGGGGGGCGACUGCACCUCAGCCCUCUGGCUGACUCCAGCAACAAUAGCCUAACAGAGGGUCCAUCCAACACCCAGGGCUCCCUCAUCAUCACUCCAGAGUCCAGUAAGCCUGUCCCUGCACGCAAACCACGGCUCACUCCCAAACCUUUCGCUGUGGAGAAAAACCCCACCAUCCGGCCCAUACUUGCUCCUAAGCCUAAUACCAAGCCCCGACCAGAGCCCACUCGCCCUACUUUUUACAAACCUGACCCUCCCAACGGCCCAAAACCUCAGCACCCGAACCUUACCAGCAAACACAGGCCAGUGUCGACCAACCAUAGCCGUCCUGCUCCUACCUCCUACAAACCCUCUCCCAAGUUGAGCACGGGACAAACCACCAAGCCUGUAGCCCAGCCCUUCAAACCCGCCCCUCUAACACUUGGGGACCACAGCAAACCAACUCCUUCCCAACCGAUGGGGUGUCAGAAACCAGCUGCGGCAGGCUUGUCCCACUCACAAGGCCCUAAGAAACCCCCUUCAGUGGAAUGGUCCGGAUCCACCAAGCAGGAGAAGGAAUGUGGCAAAACAGCAUCCAAUAUCAGAGCUGGAGGAGCCUAUUUGACCAGAGCCAAGUCAAUGGGCUUCCUCCGUCAGAUAGGGCUAGAGGGGGAGGAGAGGAAGAAGGAUGAAGGGCCAGAGGUCACAGUUCAACUCCGAACCCAGUCUACAGGCUCCAGGCCUAGACCUGUGUCUGCUAUCUUCCUACCCUCUCCCACUCAGGCUGAGUCGUCCACCCCAGCUGAUCGCUGGGUCGGGAGACGGCCCCUUUCAGCCGACCUCACCUCCAAGUUUGAGUCCAUUGGCCUGUCUCUGCACCGUGGCUCUCCUGCCAAGACUGGCAGCAAGGAAAACAGUCCAGAGGAAGGAGCACUGCUACGGAGGAGAGAGGGGGAGAUGGGAGCAGAGGGGGCCAUUGCUACACCACAGGCCCCAGACAGCAAGCCUUCAGCCCUAGCACAGGGGAGUGAGAAGAAAAAAGAGGAAGAGAAGGAUGAGGGAAAGGGUGGAGGAAGCAUUAAGAGACGGAUCAGUCUCUUGCUCGAUUCCUCUUCUUCCUCUCCUGUGGUUCCUCUCCGUGUUGCUGCCCAAGGACCGGAGUCUUCCUCUCCAGUGCAGCCAGUCCCAGAGGCAGAUGUACCACAGGGUGGUGUUAAACAGCGAAUCAAGAAGCUAACAGAAGAUACUGUUAUGCCACCUGCUCAGACCCUGGCUGUUAAACCCCGCCCUCUGCCCCCUGACCUGACUAAAAGGUUUGGCUCUGAGAAGUCCACAGACCUCGGCAGUCCCUCUCCUAGUAAGGCGACAGACCGCCAUGAGAGUGACACUGAUCCUCAAGGGAGGGGGCAGGACUCAGUCUUCAUCUUCAGUGACCAAAGGAAGGUAGAUGAACACACCAGAGAGUCCAAAGAGCAGCCCACCCAGACCUUUUCUGACCCCUCAGCUGGAAGGACUGUGGCACAGCAGGGGCUGGAGAUUGAGGCCCAGGAGAGCCACCCGAGCAGUGGGGUGCAGACUGUGCGAGCAGCCCUGUUUGAGAAUGUGGUGGAGAGACACAGCGUGCUGGUGAUGGAGGAGGACAGAGCGCAGAACAACACAAAGAGCUGUCCCAAGAGAAGUGUCUCUCUCAAACUGGGGGAUGGGGAGAAAGGCGGCAGCCUGGUCACCUCCCCCUACCGCGAGCCUGUGUCUCCCUCCAGCCCGCUUCGUGUGGAGCACUUGUUUGACACGGUGCACGCGGUGGGAGAGAGGAGAGCCGUUAGUGAGAGUGUCCCCUCGGCACAGCUGGAGGACAAGGCCAUGACCCUCCGUUCCAGGCAUUCUGAGGGGAACAGGCCAGCUAGGGCUGAGCCAGUGGAGAAGAGACCUGCUCGGGUCCAAGGAGACCUCAGUUCGACUCAGAGGGGAGCACCAGCCUCCCAACAUGAACAGGGACCACGCUACCUCAGGGUUGGAGCUCUGCAGAAGUGGAAUACCUCUGAGGUGGAUAGGGGGGCAGAGGUAGAGAAAGGAAGGCAAAGGGAAAAGGAGAGGGAGAGAAAGGAGGAGGAGAAAGAGAGGCAGAGGGAAGCGGAGAGGAGGAUGCAAAUGGAUGUAGAGAGGGAGAAGCCGACAGAGCAGGACAGGGAGAGAGAGGAAGUGGCAGCACCGAAGCGUUUGAAAAUGCUGGAGGCAGAUGAGCAGCCACCCAAACCCAGGGCCACCUACUUUGCUCUGACUGGUCAGAUUCAGGAAGUCCUAUCCCAUGGGGAUGAGGGAACAGAGAAAGGGGACAUGGAAGUGCCCUUUGAUUUCUCUGUGAUGUCUGGACAAUGGGGUUCUCAAGGGAAGGUAAAAAGGAACCCCUCUCUAGUCAAAACUUUUGGUAAAAGCUACCAAGGUCAUGAACAAGAAGAGGAACUGAUGGAGAGGAAGCAAACACAGGAAAGGAAAAGAGAAACGGCAUGGGACAGAAAGACCGGGAUGGAUGAGAUGGAAAUAGAAAAACAGAAACAAGUUAUUGAGGAAGUAAGAGAAUUGGAGAGGGAGAAAGAACGUCAGAGGGAGAGAAAGGAGUUUGAGAGGGAGAAACAGAGACAGCUGGAAAUUGAGAGACAGAAACAGUUAGAAUAUGCUAGAAAGAGAGAGAUGGAGAAGCAGAGAGAGUUAGAAAGGGAGAGACAAAAUGAGUUGGAAAAGGAGACACAGAGAGAGUUGGAGAGACGGUGUGAGCUGGAGAGGGAGAGACGGUGUGAGCUGGAGAGGGAGAGACAGUGUGAGCUGGAGAGGGAGAAAGAGUUUAAAAGGGAGAGGCAGCAACAGUUUGACUUAGAGAGACAGAAGAAGUUGGAGAGACAGAUGGUUGAAGAGUUGGAGGAAAUAAAAGAAAUGGAGACAAGGCAACUGUUUAGGUUUGAAAAGCAGAAGCAGGCUGAGAGAGAGAGACAACAGCUUCUGGAGCUUGAAAAGCAGAUACUGAGCGAGAAGAUGGAGAGAGAGGAGCAGGAGAAGAUGGGACAACAAGCAAUACAACAGGAGGUAGACCGGGAGAGACAGAGGGAGCUGGAGCGGGAGAGACAGGGGGAGCUGGAGCGGGAGAGACAGAGGGAGCUGGAACGGGAGAGACAGGGGGAGCUGGAGCGGGAGAGACAGAGGGAGCUGGAGCGGGAGAGACAGGGGGAGCUGGAGCGGGAGAGACAGAGGGAGCGGGAGAGACAGGGGGAGCUGGAGCGGGAGAGACAGAGGGAGCUGGAGCGGGAGAGACAGAGGGAGCUGGAGCGGGAGAGACAGAGGGAGCUGGAGCGGGAGAGACAGAGGGAGCUGGAGCGGGAGAGACAGAGGGAGCUGGAGCGGGAGAGACAGAGGGAGCUGGAGCGGGAGAGACAGGGGGAGCUGGAACGGGAGAGACAGGGGGAGCUGGAGCGGGAGAGACAGAGGGAGCUGGAGCGGGAGAGACAGAGGGAGCUGGAGCGGGAGAGACAGGGGGAGCUGGAGCGGGAGAGACAGGGGGAGCUGGAGCGGGAGAGACAGGGGGAGCUGGAGCGGGAGAGACAGGGGGAGCUGGAGCGGGAGAGACAGGGGGAGCUGGAGCGGGAGAGACAGGGGGAGCUGGAGCGGGAGAGUGUAGAAGAAUUGGAGAUAAUAAAGGAGCUGGAGAGAAGACAACUGCUUGAGAAACAGAAUGAGAGAGCGAGACAACAGCUUCAAAAUAGGAGACUGAGGGAGAAGAUGGAGAAAGAGGAGCAGGAAAAUAUGAGACAGGUAGCUAGACAACAGGAGGCAGAGAGACAGAGAAUCCUGGAGAGACAGAGGAGAGAGAGCCUGGAGAGGGGGGUGUUGGACUCCUUACCUCUCAGACCUAAAGUGCUGGAUCUAGACUCUGUGUCUCUGGGUGACCUGCACUCCAGAGGCAGUCCCCACUCCCCUGGUGCCCGAUGGAAGCAUCCAUCUCCCCGGGGAGAGGACCACUACAGGCCUGGCAUCCUGGACAUAGACUCAUUCAGGUCCCAGACCCAGACGCAGCCCUCGCCCACUAGAGAGGUGUUCCCUAUUGCUGGCAUCAAGGGCUCAGACCCAGGUAGUGGGGUGAGAUCCCACACUCCAGAGAGGGAAGUUAGCCGUAGGGUGGGUGCAAUGGGGCGACCCAGCCCAGUGUGGACCCCCUCUCAGCAGGAGCUGUGGGAGCAAAGGCUAGGAUUCAAUGAGGAAUCGGUGGAUAGGCCCAUGGCUGGACCAGAACCACCCAGGAAGCCUGCCAAUAAACCCAGCCUGGAGCAGCUCCUCCACAGGCAGUUGGACAGGGCCACGGCCCCCAUUCUGGUCCCAGAGAGACGCUGGUCUGGUAUGCCCAGUGAAGCAUCCUUCCCCAGGAGAGAGCCCCACAGCCCUAGGUCCCCCAUGGAGCAGACCUGGUUCCCGCAGGACUCAGGGCCCCAGGGGCACAGGGUAGAGGCCAGAGGACAGAGGAGAUCUCAGGGCUCCCAGGAGCUGAACCGGAUGAGGUCCCGCAGUGUGUCCCGUCGAUCGGCCCCGUCUGAGAGUGCUGUGGAGGGGAACCUGUCCAGGAUGAGGAGCAGGAGUGCACAUAGAGAGAGGGACCGACAGAGCUGGGAGCAGUUGAAGCAGAGUGUGGAUGGUGAGGAAGAGGGGCGUGACAUCGACACACUGGUCCACGAGGCAGACAGCCAGUAUGGGACCUGGGAGACGGGACUGCGCACUGACGAUAGCCUGACUCCUGCCACGCCCACCUCAGACAGCAACCUCAGCCAGUCGCCUAGGAAACCCAUUCCGCCCCACACACCAGGGGAACAUGCCACACACAACGACCUGGACACUCCAGAUGGCUUCUCCCCCUCGGUCCAGCCCGAGAUGCAACUACUCCCCUUCCCUGAGGCCUCCACCAUCCUACUGGACUCCAGUGCUCUGCGCUCCAGGGUGCAGCUGAGUAAGAUGCGGGGGCCACGUUCGCGCCCCUCCAGGGUGGCUCGUCAGACUGCUGCUAUGUCUGUACACCCUGAGGGACAGACCUCGCCCACUGAGGACUGGCGCUCCCGAGACUCAACAGAGGACCACAUUGAGUUUUCCAAGCAGGAGGACUCAGACUCUGAGGAGCAGGAGAGGGGAGUAGACCCCCGCUCUGCUGCUGCCUCCUCCCAGCCCCAGAGAGUCGCCCUCUUUCCUGGGAUGGACCCCUCCGCUCUCAAGGCCCAGCUCAAGAAGAGAGGAGACUCUGACAAUCAGACAGACGGCGCCGCCCCAUCUCCAUCUCAGCUGUCACGAUCUCCUAAAUCCCCCUUCCUGCCCCGGGUGUCCCGUGUGCUGCCCCCCUCUGGAGGGAGAGAAAAUGGGGAGGAGGCCUCACCACAGUGGCUGAGAGAACUGAAGUCUAAGAAGCGCUCGAGUCAGUAUGAAAAUGACAGCUAAGUGUGAAUGAGCAGGUUGCCUUAACUGAAUAAUCUGGUGGAGAAUUGGAGAUAGAAGCCUUAACCUUUGACCCUGAGAAGAUGGAAACUGCUGCUGACAUUGUAAUUUGUCAUCGGUUUGUUAAUUUGAUCUGUUCUCUUCCUGCCCGGGUCGUAUACAUGUGCAUGGUGCCUUUUUGCAGACAACCUCGGUCUUAUGGAUUAAACGACCCAGGUUAAAUAUCUGGCUGCUCGGCUCCGUUUGUCCAUUUCCUUUGCAUAGAGCCACUUUACCCUCUCACCUGAAGGGAGAAUACGGAAGGGGGGAAACCCUUUUCCUCCUGUCAGGUUGCAUUUCAGGACUGGUUAAACUUGUGGGACCACACGCCUCUUAACCUGGAAGUGCUUCAAUAAGCUGGAGGACAGUCUAGUACCUCCACAAGAUAUAAAUGUAUUUCUUUUUUUAAAUGUAUUUUUCAGGUUCGUCUACACGUUACAUUUCUAUGUGUAUCUAUCAGUCAAGGGGUGUUGGUAAUAGUCAACAUAGGAUAACAUUUCUGAUUUUAUUUUUUGUCAUUGAUCAUAAAGAACAAAAUCCUGCUGAACUCAUGUUUGGCCAGGCUGUAUAUUAUGUGUUAGUAAUAAAUAUGGUAUCUAAUCAUGAAAUAUUAUAUUUGUAUUGUUGCUAAUUUGACAGAUGAAUCAUAACAUGUCCGAGUGUUUAGUUUUGUACGGAGAGCAUUGCAAGUAUCACUACAGCAGAGGCUCCCAAGCCCAUUCCCCUGAUGAACUGACUGGGAAUCUGUUGUGUUGACCUAAUGCAGCCCCUUCUAACUGAUGUGUGAAGAAAAAUGCUGUGUGUUCAGUGUCUUUUCAAUCAUAAUGUCUGAAUAUCUGUUUCUACUGGUGUUUGUAUUUCUUAAGGAUCCCCAUUAGCUGCUGCCAAGGCAGUUCUAUACAGUUAAAUAAUAACACUGUUCACCACACAUUGUGUUCCUUCAGGCCACUACUCUACUGACACAUAUCUACAAUACAACAUCCAUGUGUGUGUGUAGAGUGCAUGCGGGGUGGAAAAGGGGAAGAGAAGGGUUAAUCACAUUGGAGGACUCAAUUAUACUCCUACACACAUACACAAAUCAGCCUGUUCUUCCUCCCUUUACCUUCACUUACCUCUUCAGUGUAAGAUCAAAUGAUUGUGUGUAAGAGUGAUGGAUGAGUGUGUAAGGAAAAUGUGAUGGAUGAGUGUGUAAGGAAAAUGUGAUGGAUGAGUGUGUAAGGAUUGCAAGGGAAAUGGUCUAACUGUAUGUGUUACCAAUGAGCCAUACAUUCAAUGUGCACUCCCUGGGCUCUGUUUUAUCAGGAUGUCUGCAACAUCUCUCAUUUAGAGGGAGACUUUACCCACCUGUUAUUUUAUCACUACAUCACUGUUGACAACAUGUACGUGCAUGUAGAAUCUCAGCUUCUUUUCCGUCACUCUUUGCUCAGACACUGAAUGGACACACCAAGUAGCAGUGGUACAAUCAUACAGUCUGGGUAUCAUGGAUUCAUCCACACAACUGUUAUGGUCCCAUUGUGCACAUGGUCAGUGCAGCGAUGUGGAUGUAUAGUGGAAUGGUAGGAGUAUGGCUUCCACUACUCCAGUGGGGAAUGUGAGUAAAGUAUAUGGUUUUGAGAUGAGGGUGGGUGGGUGGGUGGUUAUUUUCCCCUAUUCUGCUGCACAUUACUAUUUGCACCAGUUGUUUUAGAGCGCAGAGCUGACUUAGGCCAUGCCCCUGACCAUGUUAGCCAUGCCCCUGACCAUGUUAGCCAUGCCCCUGACCAUGUUAGCCCUGACCAUGUUAGCCAUGCCCCUGACCAUGUUAGCCAUGCCCCUGACCAUGUUAGCCCUGACCAUGUUAGCCAUGCCCCUGACCAUGUUAGCCCUGACCAUGUUAGCCAUGCCCCUGACCAUGUUAGCCCUGACCAUGUUAGCCCUGACCAUGUUAGCCAUGCCCCUGACCAUGUUAGCCCUGACCAUGUUAGCCAUGCCCCUGACCAUGUUAGCCCUGACCAUGUUAGCCAUGCCCCUGACCAUGUUAGCCAUGCUGCACUGUCCCACUACUUCCAUUACGCACUUUGUCAGUUAAUGCACUACAGCACUGCCCUGUGCACUGGCUAUUCUGUUGUACGUCCCACCUACCACAUGUUCCUAGACCGAUGUUGGAAUGCUAAUGGAAUGAAAGUGAAUGUGUUGAUUGGAUCUUUGGAGUCGUUGUCCCUAUGGUGUCCAUGGCAUUUGACUUUGCCAUGACUUUUGUCAGUUUGAGGGUUUCUUAUUUUCUCUCAUUUUAUUUUUAAAAAUAAAAUAUGUAUAUUACAUUGUUUUAAUGCCAGUGUCCAAAAUUGUAACUUCUUAAUAAAAUGUACUGAGUUGA